CCGACGCGUGUUCAUCAAUGUAAACGGCUUCACAUAAGCUUUAGCGAGCAUACGCAGUGUUUUCUCCCUAUGGAACAGAAGUAGACAUUUGCCUUGGAAUAUGUCGCAUAGUACUUAUGGCCGACAAUGGACGGAGGCCCAGGCAGCUAUUGCCGACCUGCUUGUGCAAGAAAUGCCUGCAGAGCCUCCAAAGCCAGAGAAGGAUCGUAUGGCAGCAUUUCAGCUUCUAGCAACAAUGUAUAUUAAAUAUAUACAGAUUUUCCGAAAACUGGAACAGUGCUAUGAUCAGAUUGUUCACCCACAAAAGAGACGUAUUCUUCGUCACUGUUUGGAUGGCACAAUGGGAAGAAUUUUGGAGAUAAAACAUGAAAUGGUCAACCUUGAAUUUUCAGAGUUUCAUUACUUUGAUGAUGUCCUGUCUGAUCUGAAGUUGACACCUAAUGAUGUAGAAAUGCCAAUCCCAAAAUACUUCACCAAUGAGAGAGCCAAAGCUCUGAAGGAGAGAGAGAAAGUUCUUGGCCAAAUUCUGGCCAAAAUGGGACCCAAAGAAAAAGAAACAGAGAAAAAUGAAAUGAAAAUGUCUGUAGAAGAGGCCAUCCAUAUGAUCCAAGUGCAUGAAAGGGCCAGGCAAGGUAGACUCCGUGCCAAAUUUAUGAAGGACAUUCGACAACAAGAAGAGCGUGAGAGACAGGCUGCCACUCAGGGUGCACCAACUCUUGAUCCAGAUGUUGCUGCCAUACGAAUUCAGAAGGUUUGGAAGGGGUUUUCACAGAGACGCAGAACAAAACGAGAAAGAGAAGAUGAGAUGGUCUUCAUUGGCAUGUUCCCACCUCCGUUACCCACACACCAGAAGAACACCCCACAGGCAUUGGCAGUGAAGACAGAGAAUCAGAGGAGAAUCACCCAGGAUAUGCAUGAGCAGGAAUACCAGCAGGCCUUGGAAACCAUCAAGGAUAAGAUCCGGGAGACGGAGGGACCAGACAUGAAAGAAACCAUGCAGGAUCAGAUUAGGCAAUGGUUCAUAGAGUGCAGAGAUGCCACAGGUAAAUUUCCGGAGUACCCAGAUGAAGAUGAUGGUGGAUCAGCUCUAAUUUUUAAAGAGAAAGAUCCAGCAGAGUUGGAAGAAGAAAUGAAAGCAAAAGCAGAAGACAAAGGCAAAGGCAAAAAGGACAAAAAGGAUAAAAAAGACAAGAAGAAAGAUAAGAAAGAUAAAAAAGGAAAGAAGGGCAAAGGAAAAGAUGAUGAGGAGGAAGAGGAAGGAUGGAAAAUGGCACCCUCCAAUUUUGUGCCAGCUGUUGAUGAAGCCACCAAGGAAUACAAAGGUGUGUGGGAGCCCAGGGAUGAAACUGAGAACUUUGCUCAAAAGCAUGAUUCUGAGUUAAUAAAAGAGCAAAAGCGUAAAGAAGUCGAGGAAGAAGUGCGUUUACAGGUGGAUGAGCUGAUGAGGCAAGAGCUGAAAAACUUGAAAAUGGCUGUAGAUCGAGACAAGGGAAAGAAAGGAAAGAAGUCUGGGAAGAAGAAGAAGGGGAAGAAGAAGAGUGGUAAAAAGAAGGGAAAGAAAGGAAAGAAGGAGAAAGACCUCACACCUGACAGAACAAUGGACUCUUUGUACGAGGAACUGGUUAGCCAAGGCAUCCUGGUCCGUUGCAACAAACUUUCCCUCUCAGACUACGAAGGAGAGUACAAUUACCUGGGUACAACACUCAGACAGGCCAGCAUUGAACCUAUGCCUUCACUCAGUGAUGUUCGCAGGGUUGUCACAGAGUUUGCCAUCCUUCCACUCGGGUCCCCUGCUGUCCACGAGAGAGCUCCCCUGAUCAAAUCCAUGCUAAUUGCUGGCCCACGCGGCACUGGAAAAAGGAUGCUUGUUGAGGCCAUCUGCAGCGAAGUGGGAGCCAACCUCAUAGAUCUGUCAGCUACCAACCUUGUCGAAAAGUACCCUGGCAAAGAUGGACUCAAAAUGCUUAUGCAUCUUAUUUUCAAGGUGGGAAGAGCCUUGCAGCCCACAGUGUUCUACGUUGGAGAAUGUGAAAAAAUGUUUAAGAAGAAGAUACCAAAAACUGACCCAACUGACCCAAAGAGGUUGAAAAAGGAACUGCCUAAAGCUUUGAAAACCAUCAAACCAGAAGACAGAAUUAUGCUAAUUGGGACCUCAAGAUGUCCAUUUGAGGCAGAUAUGAAACCCCUGACAACAUGCUAUCAAAAAAUAAUUUUAGUUCCAAGACCAGACUACGCUACCAGACAUUUGCUGUGGCGACGUAUGAUCACCAAACAUGGUGGUGUCCUGGGUCCAACACUGGACAUUAGCUCCCUGUCCAAAGUGACCGAGGGCUACACACCUGGCCACAUGGUGACUGCUAUCCAUCAGGUCCUCACUGACCGCCGCAUUCAGACUCUAUCCAAAAAGCCUCUCCAAGCAGUGGAGUUCAUCUCUCCUCUAGCUAGGAUUGACCCCAUAUACAAGGAGGAAGAGGAGGCUUUUACAGAGUGGUACAAGAAAACACCUCUGGGUAAGAAAAGGGCCAAGGCAGCUGCUGGGGAUGAGGAUGACGGUGGCAAGGGAGGUAAAGGCGGCAAAGGCAAGAAGAGCGGGAAGAAGGGGAAAAAGGGCAAGAAGAAGAAAUAGGCCAAAACAACGCCACUUCACUGAUAUGUGGGCUGACAGCUUAACCAUGUAGAACUGCAUGUACAAAGCAUCUGUGAUAUUUACAAAAUUGUGACCAGUGUCAUUUUAAAGAAAACAAUUUGACUGAAAUCAUGACAAGGAAGUGGUGUCCUGAAAUUUUAAUAAAAUGUAAAUAAUAAAAAAGGUAAACAUCCUAAGAUAACUCCAGUUUGUUGUCAGUUAGGACUUGAUUUGUUUGACAAUCAUGGGUGUAUAUUCCAUAAGGUGACUCUUUAAUAUGUGUGCUAUUAAGGAUGAAAAGACGGGUGGAGAUUAUUUAGAAUAUGGUUACCAACUUGUUGAAAUUUCUCAACUAAGAACACACACUUGAUAAACAGAAGAAGUCUUGUAAUACUGGAUACUACAUGAUUAAGUACAUAUGCUUUAAUAAAAAGGCAUCAGUGAGGAACAUGCAGUAACACAAAAAUAAUUUCACAACACAUGAAAAUGUUUGUCGACCUGACCAUUUUAUUUUUAACCAUAUUUUUAACCUGAAAAACAAGUGCAAGUAGACGAACAAUGGUAUUUAGUAGUGUCAUGUAUAUAAUUAAAACUGGGCCCGGUUUCAUGAAGCACUCUUAACGUUACAUUCACUUAACUACCACAGCAACCAGUACUGUAGGUAAUACAUAGUCAUGGUAGUUGCAAGCUUGUAAUGUCAAGACGCUUCGUGAAACCAGGCCCAGGAUGUUAAAGCCAACUGCAUAGGCUUCAAGUCUGAGAAACUUGAAAAGGUAACUUGAGAUCGAUUAGAAUUAUGAUGGUAACCACGAUUUUCUAUUUUUAAAGAGGUACAUGUCAUUCAGUGCCAAUGUAAAAGACUAGAUUAUAUGAAUAAAGCCUUACAGAAAAUAACUGACACAGUGGUUGUGAAAAAAGAUUUAAAAUGUACAACACCAUUUAAUCGAUAAGUCUUUGGUAGAUUCCAUCCUAUUUGCCUUGUGAGACAUAAAUAUAUUCCUGAUGUGACGUGAAUAAGACAGAUAUAAUGUGGAGUUAACAUUAUAGCUGACAUUGAUGAACAAAUGUCACUUUAACAUUCCACUCUGUAAGAAACAGGAAGCCAAAUAUGUAACUGUCCGUAUACAUUUUACAGCAAAUUUAAAAUCACCACCAUAACAUCUAUACCCAGUAUGUUUUAGCUAUCAAGAGAAGGACUUAAACCUCUGCAUUUCACCCAAAAAUGUAAUAAAAAUACAUGUACUCUGCAACCUUUUCAAUGUUUCCAAGUUGUUUAGUCAAGCAUAUUUUGAGAGGGUUACACUGUGAAGACUUUCAUUUCUUGAACGCCUGGAAUUUGGCCAACCCAACCAAGUUUCGUCAAAAUCAAUUUAUAAAGGUCCAUAAAAUGCACUGGAAGUGGUUCUUUCAUAGUUGAAAGGGUUGAGGAAUUAUGGUCGGGUAGUGAAGACAUGGGCCUGUCACUCACAAACUUUCACUUGAUUAAAACCACAUGUACAGCUUUAUUAAAUCUUUCAGAUUCAACUAAAAAAAUAAAUAAAAUCUGAAUGUAUAUUAUAAACACCCUGGAGCAAAAUUCUUGGGGCACUAAUACAUUCUUGAAAGGCUUUGACAUUUUCACUAAUACAUAUACCCUGGCUAUUUUUCAGCACUUAAAUUGUGGUGAUUUGGAAAAGCCUUUAUAAUUGGAUAUAAAAAGUCCAUGACACUUGCUCUGAGAAUGGUAAUGUUGAACAUAAUAUGUUUCUGCAGUAUACUUCCUACUUGAACUCACGGCAACCAUUUCCAUACAUCAAAUAGUAGUAUGUACAUGUAUAUAAAAAUACUUAACCCACAAUAUAUAAACCUUACCAUAAAACCCACUGUUUUGCAAGGACGUUGCAACUGAUCUAUAUGAUCACCCACACAAGUACAUUCAUGUAGUACAUGUCCAUAAUCACCCACAGUAGGUAUUACCAACAAAAAUUUAAAACAUUCACAGUCUUAAAAGAAUACUGCAACCUGCACAUACACACCCAUACUCAUUCAAUAUUGAAAAAGCCAUAAAAUAUUCAGUUUUAACACAUGAAUACUGCUCUAUAGAAAUACACAUACAUACAUGUACACAUACAUUUAAGACGAUAAAAAGCAUUUACCAUUUUACAAAUAUAGUUAAAUACAAUGGGGAGACAGCACUAGUGUGAAGCAGGGUCUUGAGCCAUUGUUAUGUCAUAAAUGGA